CUUCUCAUCCAACACAAAAUAGUACACACAUACACAAUGGCUCUUUUAAAUGUUAUUACCUCCAUGCAACAAUGCAAUAUUCACUGUUUUGCCAUUUUUGUUGCAAUGAUUCUCUCUCUCUCUUUUGCUUCUGCUGAGACUCAUUACCAUCAAUUUGUUGUUGAGGCAGCACCAGUGAAGAGGCUGUGCAAAACCCGCAACAUAAUCACGGUCAACGGGCAGUUUCCGGGUCCCACUUUGGAGGCGCGCGACGGCGACUCUUUCGUUAUCAACGUCGUUAACGCCGCACGCUACAACGUCACUCUCCACUGGCACGGUAUUCGUCAGAUGAGAACACCGUGGGCCGAUGGACCGGAGUACGUGACUCAGUGUCCGAUUCAACCAGGAGCGAGUUACACAUACAGGUUCAAGAUUGAGAAUCAAGAAGGUACCCUUUGGUGGCAUGCUCAUAGCAAAUGGCUUAGAGCUACAGUUUACGGAGCACUCGUCAUCUACCCUAAAUUGGGUGUUCCGUACCCGUUUCCGAUGCCCGAAAGAGAGAUACCUAUACUCCUCGGGGAAUGGUGGGAUAGAGAUAUCAUUAGCGUGUUACGACAGUCGAAAUUUACGGGCGCUGCUCCAAAUGUAUCCGAUGCAUACACCAUCAAUGGCCAACCUGGAGAUCUCUACAGAUGCUCAAAGAAAGAAACAACAAAAUUCAACGUAAGAUCGGGGGAGACGGUUCUUCUUCGGAUCAUCAACGCCGCACUCGAUCAAGAACUCUUCUUCACAGUUGCCAACCACAUGCUAACCGUGGUUGGGAACGACGCCGCUUACAACAAGCCGUUCCAAACCAUGGUUAUCAUGCUCGGGCCCGGACAAACCACCAACGUCCUUCUCACGGCCAACCAACCCGCGGGCCGUUAUUACAUAGCCGCACGCGCCUACGCCACCGCUCAGAACGCACCGUUCGACAACACAACCGCCACCGCAAUCCUCGAGUACAACAACUUUCUCUCACAAAGACCCUUAAUGGCCACACUCCCUCGGUUCAACGACACCGCUACGGCAACCGCAUACACAAGCCAAGUAAGGAGCCUAUCUUCAGGUAAAGUUUUCACCCGAAUCGACGAGAACUUAUUCUUCACCGUCGGAUUAGGCCUCGUGAACUGCCAACCCGGGCCUAGAUGCCAAGGCCCGAACAACACGCGGUUCGCAGCCAGCAUGAACAACGUGUCAUUUGUUUUCCCAAGAAGGACAUCACUACUACAAGCCUACUACCAAAACAUAGGUGGGGUCUACACGACGGACUUCCCGCGGGUCCCGCCAGUUGCAUUCGACUAUACGGGCAACGUGAGCCGCGGGCUGUGGCAGCCCCGUUUCGGGACGAAACUAUACAAGCUGAGGUUCGGCUCGAACGUGCAGAUUGUUUUGCAGGACACUGCUAUUGUCUCGACCGAGGACCAUCCGAUGCAUCUUCAUGGAUACCAUUUCUUUGUUGUGGGCCAGGGCUUCGGCAAUUUCAACCCGAGAAGAGAUACAGCGAGAUUCAACCUCGUCGAUCCUCCCCUGAGGAACACCAUCAAUGUACCCGUUGGUGGAUGGGCCGUUAUUCGAUUUGUGGCAGAUAAUCCAGGAGUUUGGUUGAUGCAUUGUCACAUAGAUUCCCAUCUAACUUGGGGCUUAGGUAUGGCAUUCUUGGUCGAGAACGGAAUCGGAGAAUUGCAGUCCGUCGCGGCUCCUCCACCCGAUCUCCCUCCUUGUUAGAAUUUUUUUUUCUUUUCGAUUUAUCAAGUAAUUAUUGUAUUUAUUACUGUUUUCUCCAUUCAUUUCAUUGACAAAAACAAGUCAAUAGUUUGUUCAUGUUGUAUUGUUCUUUUCCUACUUCCAUUACCAAUGUAUCCGAAGGUCUAGAAUCGGCCGACAAAGGUCUUUAACGAGG